AUGAGCCAAACAAAAAAAAAUGAUUGGAAAUGCCAUGUCUGUAAACCAAGGAAAUCCCCCAACAACACUUACAAAACCUUUGUCUUUGGGGAGAGCAACACAAACCAAAACAACGAAUCUCCAAACAGAAAUCUAGCAGAAUGUCAAGCCAACAAUGAGAAACAACAAAAGCAGCAACGAGUUGAUGAUGAGACUGUCAACAACAACACCAAACGUUUUAAAGAAACUGAGACAACAUCUACAUAUCAACAAAACGACAUAUCCGAACUCAAAACGGGCAUGGUCGACUUAAAAAGCAGCUUGCAGCAGAUCGUAACGAGCAUGGCAUCGCUAAGUGCUGAUCUGAAGUCGCAUAUGGACUCUGCAUUAGCCGAGAUGAACCGAAACGUAGCGACUAUUGCAGCACAAGUGUCUGAACUGCAAAAGAAAGACCAAGAGAAAACGGUACAAAUUGGUGAACUUACAAAACGAUUACAACAACUUGAACAAAAAGCAUUAGAAAAAAAUAUUGAAAUUAACAAUGUAGAGAACAUGGAAACAGAGCCUGAAGUUAUUGUUAAGAGAAUAACUGAUGCUCUCGGCGUGGAUAUGAGUGCAGAACACAUUAGUAAAAUGUAUAAAAUAAAGCGCAAGAAAAAAGUUGUUGUGGAAUUUGCAUCUCUGAACAAGAAAAAAGAGUUUAUGGGUAAACUAAAGGGUCAUCGCAUACAAGCAAGCGUGUUGAGAGAAGAAGAAAACAGCGACUGUGGAGGAUACAUAUACAUAAAUGAUGAACUUACACCGCACAAUAGACAAAUUUUAUGGGCCGCAAAAACAAAGGCCAAAGAAAAUGGAUGGAAAUUUGUUUGGGUGCGAAAUGGGCACAUUUAUGCUCGCAGAAAUGAAAAUUCUUCCUUUAUAAUAAUUAAUAAUGCAUCAGAGUUGGAACUAAUAACCGAAUCAAGUUAA